AUGUUAGAGUUCAAGCUAGUUCAGGGCAACCUACUGAAGAAGGUCGUGUCACCGUUGGUGCACAUAGCAACCCGAGCCACUGUGAUCGCCACACCGGAGAGUAUAUCAUUGCAAACUUCAUCCCCAAAUCUCAUGGUCAUCGCAGUGGCUCGAAUCAAUUCCUAUAGAUUCGAUCGUUUUUACACCGGUCAAAGCUGUUCGGUUGGGAUCGAACUCAAUGCCUUGGACGCUAUUCUGUCUACUACUGAUGACGAUGAGUCCAUCACUGUCCGGAGCUUGUUUUUAGAGAAUCUUGUCAGUUUCACCUUUCGUAUUGGAAUUCAUCAGACCCGAACCGAGGAAGCUUACGUGGUGCAAAUCCCUAAUAAUCAUGUCAACAUUGAUGAAUCAGAAUACAAUUAUGAUGUGGCUGUUGGGAUACCAUCGGAGGAGUUCAGGCAUAUUUUGCUAUAUUUCAGAAGCUUUAGAGGGGGUGCCGUUUUUGUGUCUGUCACUGAUUCACAAGUGAGGUUCAGGUCAGUUGGUCGAGAGAUUAUUCUCAUAAAAGAGAUCUGUGCCCUCGAUCUUCGUCUUUAUAGUUUUAGAUUUGGGAUUUGUCUGUAG